AUGCCCUCUGCAAAGGAGGGGGAUGGAGAGGGGCUGUCCAGACACCUGCCCAGCCAAUGCGCGCUGCGCGCUUGCCGGGGUCCCUCCUCCUCUCGCGAGACGCGGAGCCGGGGAUAUAAGGAGGGCUGCGGUCAGGUCCAGCAUGCCAGCAAACAGAUCAGUGCAGACAAACAGUACAAGGGCAUCAUUGAUUGCGUCGUGAGAAUCCCCAAGGAGCAGGGCUUUCUCUCCUUCUGGAGGGGUAACCUGGCCAAUGUGAUCCGGUACUUCCCCACCCAAGCUCUCAACUUCGCCUUCAAGGACAAGUACAAGCAGAUCUUCUUGGGGGGUGUGGAUCGGCAUAAGCAGUUCUGGCGCUACUUCGCCGGUAACCUGGCUUCCGGUGGGGCAGCUGGUGCCACCUCCCUCUGCUUUGUCUACCCGCUGGACUUUGCUAGAACCAGGCUGGCUGCCGAUGUAGGCAAGGGAUCUGCUCAGCGAGAGUUCAGUGGGCUGGGCGACUGUCUCAGCAAGAUCUUCAAGUCUGAUGGUGUGAAGGGUCUCUACCAGGGUUUCAGUGUCUCUGUCCAAGGCAUCAUCAUCUACAGAGCUGCCUACUUCGGAGUCUAUGACACUGCCAAGGGGAUGCUGCCAGACCCCAAGAAUGUGCAUAUUAUUGUGAGCUGGAUGAUCGCCCAGAGUGUCACGGCGGUUGCAGGGCUGGUGUCCUAUCCGUUUGACACUGUUCGUCGUAGGAUGAUGAUGCAGUCUGGCCGGAAAGGGGCUGAUAUUAUGUACACGGGGACACUCGACUGCUGGAGGAAGAUUGCAAAAGAUGAAGGAGCCAACGCUUUCUUCAAAGGUGCCUGGUCCAAUGUACUGAGAGGCAUGGGUGGUGCUUUUGUAUUGGUGUUGUAUGAUGAGAUCAAAAAAUAUGUCUAA